AGUUUCGAAUUUCUUUAUUCCAAUUUCCAUGCCAUUUUAUUCAGAAUCAUGGUCCCCAGCUAUUAUGUCCAGUUGCAGAACAAGCUGUUCCGAUUCAUAGACCAAGCAGAUUUUGACUUCGCGCUGCCAAAACUUUCACGACCAACUUGGGAAAUCAUCAUCAAUGACAACGAUGAGCGUGAAAGACUAGAAUUCAUAGGCGACUUUUACAUGGCUGCUGCUGUUGGAGAAAACUUGUGUCGCAGUCUUCCUAAUGGAACUCCACAUCAAUACACAGUGGCACGGAGUGCCCUCACCUCAAAUUCGACAUACUCUGCCAUAAUGAAGCGGUUGGGCUUUAGCAAUCCUCAAGAUGACCGAAAAUCACCUGGAGAUGCAUUCGAAUCCAUAAUAGGAGCUAAGAAGAAGGAAGACUCGGUGUCGCUCGACAAGUGGUUUCAAACCUACUAUAUGCGACUCCUGAUCUACAUUGCGGAUGCUUGUCGUUCUCUUGCACCCAAGGGGAAGGCUGCCAAGCCUCGACCACUUCUCACUCUGAUAAGGCUCCGCUCAAUUGGUCAGGGUAGUCCAGCUGCCAGGAAGAUACGUUCCUCUUUAUCCCCAAGAAGCGUCCAGGUCAAGCGCAAACAGCGUCAUAUUCUCAAGUCUCCGUCAAUACGCAGCCGUCGCACCAUUGAUUUGACAAUCGACAGCGACCAAGAGGAUAAUAAAUGCCACGGAAGUAAAGACGAUGACGGCGUUGCACAGAUAUCCUUUGAGGAAUUCAAUAAGUCGCAGAUCCCUUUCUAUCACUCGAUGAUUUCGCCUCACCAUCGUCCAACCACCAGAAGGAUGAUUGAUUUUCAAUCUACUUCCAUGUCGUGUCUGUCGCUGCCGGACUUUUCUAUCUUACAUAUAUCUUAUUCUACUUACAUGUAUAUUUCCUUAUAUUUCCUAUAUUAUAACUGGCACGGCGCUUAUAUUUGAUGUGCAAGUCAGACACCCACAACUGUGUAGUGGAAUGGGGAGGCGCAAGGCGCCGACUAAUGGGGGGGCUGGGGCUUGUCCUCAACAAGCUGUGAACCCAGCUGUAGCACACGGUGCGAGCCAAGCGAGCCACCGUGGUGAACGCAUGGGUUCAUGUUUUGAAUAUAGGAUUGUGGCUGAAUUAUGUAAUGACUUCCUGGGUCGACAUUCUGAGGUGCACGAUAAAAUGCAACCAACAUGUCACCAUCUGUAUUCGUGUCCUCUCCGUACGGGUUCACUAGA